GCAGUAAGCAGAGCAGGGCUUUACCUGCGCAGUUUCAUCAGUGCGAGCUGCUACCGUAUAUCUCGCAACAACAGCGCAGCACUGCGGCUGACCAUCGCGUGAAGAUUAAAGGAGAUUGGAGCCCAGAAAGAAAAAAUAAUCGCACGAAUUUGCACGACUUUCCCUCAAAGCUGAGCAGAUUCGGGGCCCUGCUCCUUUGCACCCUCCUCUUCUUCUUCCUCCGGCCUUCCGCUCCUCGUCCCUCAAUGGCGUGGAGCGACUGAUCCAUGGGCCGCUCCCCCGUCUCCCUGUCCAAACUGAAACUGGGGAAGCUGAAGGUCGUGCGCCGGCAGCUGCUGCAGCGCUAUGAGCACCAGCCCUUCAUCUCCUGCCUGGCAGGUCUGUACGGCUGCCAGUGGAAGCGCUACCAGAGGGCACGUGCCCAGCCGGGGGAGUGCUGCUGCAGCAAGUUGGAAUGUGGCAGUUUUGGGAUCCUGAUAUUGACAUUUUGGCUUGCCUUGGUGUUCCUGUACUUCUGGAGUGAGGCACAGAAUGACUAUAAUGACUUUGACUGGUUCAAUUUUGGGAAACUGGGCUUCUGGUUCCCUUGGUCAUUGGUCUUGCUGAUUGUUACCGCUGUGCUCUUCACAUACAUCGCCAUCUUGCUGGUGCUCGCAGUGUGCCUGCUCUCUGAGGGACAGAGGCUGUACUUACACUGGAGCCACAAGAUUGGGAUCCUGGUGACACUGACAUUCUCCAUUAGUGCCACUGCUGUGCUCUCUGACUUGUGGGGCAAGGGUUGGAAAACUCUCCUUCUGUCAUUCCAGGUCACGGCACCUUUCCUGCAUGUGGGUGGAGUAUCGCUAAUGACACUCUUGUCCUGGCCAAUAGCGUUGUACUUUUUCCGCAUGAAUAAAAGAGGGAGGCAGGUGGCCAUCCUUGGGCUGUACCUGGUGGUCCUCUUCACUCUGUACCUGGUGCCCCUUGGCAUGUACUCCCCCUGCAUCAAAGAGCAGGGCAUGCUGGGACCUCCACCUGCCCUCAUUGGACACAGAGGUGCUCCCAUGCUCGCCCCAGAAAACACACUGCUGUCCUUUGAGAAAGCUGUGGAAGAAGGGGGGGAGGGCCUGGAAACAGAUGUGACAAUCAGUUACGAUGGGGUGCCCUUCCUAAUGCAUGACAAUACUUUGCGGAGGACGACCAACGUGCGCGAGGUGUUCCCCAACCGGACGGACACGCCGGCCUCCAUGUUCACUUGGAGCGAGCUGGAAACGCUCAACGCCGGGGCCUGGUUCCUCUCGCGUGACCCCUUUGGGACUGCUUCUUCACUGGACCCAGAUGACCAGGUCAGGGCGCAGAACCAGACUGUCCCCAGGCUGAGGGACAUCCUGGACCUGGCUGCUCUGCACGGCAAGCUGGUGAUCUUUGACCUGUACCGCCCACCCAGAGGCCACCCUUACAGGGACACCUGGAUCAACCGCACCCUGGAGGUCCUCCACAAUGAGUCCUCCCUGAACUCCAGCCAGGUCUUGUGGCUGCCCUCAUACCAGAGGGACCUGGUUCAGGAGAUGGACCCUGCCCUGCAGCAGACAUCCGGAAGCAAGGCCUCAAUUGAGGAGCUGCAAGAGAACCAUAUUGUCAGGCUGAACCUCCACUACAGCUCCAUGUCUCAGGAGCACCUCAGCAAGUACUCGUCGGUGAACAUCGGGACGAACCUGUAUGUGAUCAGCCAGCCCUGGCUGUACUCUCUGGCCUGGUGUGCUGGGGCCCAGUCAGUCACCACCAACGCCCUGCACAUCCUCAAGAACCUCCACAGACCCCUCUUCCUCAUGACUCCAGAGCAGUACAGUCUGAUGUGGAUCCUGACAGACGUGGUGUCGGCAGUGCUCAUCGCCUUGGUGUUUGGGUUCCAUUGGUGGAGGGAGCGAGGCCUGCCCUUCUGGUCGGGCAGCAGACAGGCACACCAGAGCCUGCAUGGAACCUACAGCAAGUUCAGGACCGCGGAGCUCAGUGACGUGUGGUCCAUCUCCGGGGUCAGUGUCCGUGGAGAGGCCCGAAGCCAGCCCCCCACUCCCAACCUGGCCACCAUUUCAGAGCAGCCGGAGCCCCCUGUCUGAGACGGAGAAAGGAAGACAAGAGCUGCCUCUCCUCGGUCCUUAAACCAUCCAACCAGUGCCCCUCCCCACCUGGCAACCAAUAAACUCUCACUGCUUUCUGGCAGUGUAUUUAACACGGACAGUUCUGGCUUUUGGCAAGCCGUCCAGAGAUUCACGCUGUGACAUUAUUUUUAUAUGUGAGGUAAGUUUCCUGCUGUGACUAGCUGCUGCUGUGAAGGGAAGUGAAAGAAAACCCUUCUGCUGUUAUCUCAUUUAGACUAAUCAUGAUUCAGCCAACCCCCCCCUCCCCGCCCCCCCCCCCCCCCCCCCCGAAUUAGCCUAGAGGCACGAACAGACCUGAAGAUGACCACCCCAACGUGCCCAAUUAAACAGGGACCCUCUGGACCCCUCCCAAUGCCCAACAACCCCCUGAAGUGUGACGACCCACACAAAAAGCUCACGGGGUUGAGAGUGAGAAGCAGUGGUGUUAAUAUGGAGUCACCAUACCGUCUCCUCUUCAGACAUGGAAUGGGACAUUAAUGACUUGAAAGAGGAAUGCCAAGCCUGUAUACAGUGAAUAUGAUAGAACUAUUUAUAUUUUACGUUCAUGUAAAACAUUCACAGCAGUGAAAAAAAUAUUAGAGACCGUCAUGUUCUAUAUGUUUCAGUGAGUGUGUGGGUGAGUGGUGCGAUUUUGUGUGUGUGGGUGUGUGUGUCUGUGUAUGGAUUUAUUACAGCAAGACUUCAGCUAUUUCAAGAUAUUGUAAUGUAUGAAUGUACCAUAAAGCAGGGGGUGCAUUGUGCCCCCCCAGCCUAGCCAAGCUUUAGCAUGACAUUAAAAUCAAAGUGCUGCUUUGAAAAGGUUUAGCACAGACAGAAACAACCAAGUAACUGGUUAUGUUUCUCAUCUGAGAAGAGAUUACCUCUGCUGAUAAUUUGCCUCUAAAUGUAACCAAUUUUCUUCAUAAUGAAGGCAGUAUAAUGAACCUCAAAACCUAAUAAUGAACCUCUUGCAAUCAUAGCCAAGUUUCUAGUUAUAUGACCUUCUGUAACUUUUUUCUUUUUUUUUUUCCAAAUGUGAAUGGUCGUUACUUUUAAUUAGCUUAUAAAAAACAUGCAUGAAUAUUCAAAUUAAUUGACUGCCAACUAUUCAUGGUUCCACUUUCCUUAGCUUUUUGGUUCCUUAGCUUUUUUGUGAUGAAAUGUUUUUAUUCAACAAAAAUUCUCAAACAUAAUAUUCAACAGUCUUUUUUUCCCCUUAAGCGAUUCCCCCACCCCCCACUUAGCACAAACGUCUUGUUUUAGAGCUCAUGGAUAACUAAAUAUAAUUAUAAUAUAAACCGUGCACUUAAUGGCUUUUCCUAGCAUGUUGUUUUUUUUCUUUCAGUAGGAUAAAGCACGAGUCCAAGCAUGUUUACUGCACAAGCCUCUACAAGCGACUGAAAAUUUAUCAAUGCCUGUAUUUCCAAAUAAUUUCAUGUUUACAAAUAUGUAUAUAGUAUAUAACAAACUACAAUCUUAAAGGUUCAUGGAACACCCAAAAGAAGACAUUUUCUGACAAUUCUUUGAUUUGAAAGGAGACAGAAGACAAAAACUUUACAAAUACAACAACAUAUGUGACCUGCUCUAUCAAAAUCCCAAAACAUACUACUCGAAAUAAUAUUUCUAAUGAUACCAAAGUUAUCUCUCUACUCCAGAUAUCAAGGGAGUUGUAUCCCAUUGCAUUUUCAGUGCCACCAAACCAAAAGUACAGCUUCAAAGUUUCAUUGCGUUAGUUAGUGAGGCUGGGAGACUACCAACACUUGGCUAACAAAACUCUGGCGCUAUAUGUACAGUAUAAACCUUCUUACAUAUAAACCCUUUGAAACUAUAUUUUUAGUCUGAACAUUUACUCUUGACAUUAGGAAAUAGAGACAACCAUAAAAGCAAAUACAUUAAAAUGUAGCCACAAACGCAGCUGUUUGUGACUGGCAAACAGUGACAAGCUGGCUAGCCUGCAAACAAUGCAAAACUCCGGUGUUACUUUCACUUUGACAUCUUGUGUUUAAAACCUUAAAAACUACAAAUGUUUUACGCUGAAAUUGGCAGUGAAACGUACAAAUUAUGAAAACGAAGACCACAGUCAAAAAAUAACAUUAACAUAAACAUCGAUGUAUGUGAAAUUGGCCGUCGAAGCAUACGGCUGAUUAUGAUGGAGCAGGUCAUAUAUACUUCUUGCAAGCAGGUGCUGCUUGAUGGUGAAAAACAGAGACUUGCCAUUACCCUUGGCAGUGUCCCACACUGGCCCCAAGAGUAUGUACGUAUGACCGUCAAGUCAAAUGUGACUGCAGCUCAGGUACUUCAGAAGACUGUAUGGAACAUGUCUUGCAUUUGUCUAAAAGACAAGAAUGGUACAGUAGUGCUUUAUUCUGCUGCUCAUUCCUGUGUAAUGCAGGCUCCUGUGAAAGACUGUGGGGUCUAUGUGUUGUAGGCCCUGCAGACAUCAUUGUUACUAAAGAGCAACUAUGUAGCUACGUUCUGCGCUAUGUAAUAGAGUGCCAUUUAUUUUUAUGCUGUGUGGAUGAGAGGCAUGAUAUUAUUUCAUAGUAACCCCUCUCUGUACUGUAAGAUUAACAUCCAUCCCAUAUUAAAAAUUACAUUUUGAGGUAA